ACCAUUCUUUCUUCUUUAUCUUAUGUCUUUGGAAUUUCCCCGUUUCUAGUACUGCUGAAGUACUUAAAUUAAGGGUCAAUUUUCUUAUACUUAGAGUUGCAUUAUGUUUUCAUCUUAAUUGUGGUCGAUUCAUUAUGAUCUCCAAUAGCCCACAUGCUAUUUUAUUCGUGUUUAUUAGUGUUUGUCUAGCAGGUGUAGUAAUAAGUGAGUGUGAGAUACCAGUCGUACUGCAAGGCACAUGGUAUGCAAGAGAAAAUGGAAAUGACACUCGCACUGAAAUCAAUGCAGACACAGUUGACAAUCGUGGCCGAUGCAUUAACAUUAAAGAAGAUUACCAUGCCAAUUUCACAUUUGUCUUAAAGAAGGAUUUGAAUAAUUGUUACCACUGUAUGAAGAUAUUGGUCCGAACUGUCAACAUUCUGGAAAAACUUGAAACGGGUUGUGUCAACUUAGGUCCAGAUGAGGAACCAACCAUUGAACGAGUCUGUCGUAGUUUAAAGCCAGAUCAGCAGUUGAUUACUCUCUUUGCCGAAAAUUAUGUCCCUGUCAAUUGUAGAUCAAGUUUGGAAGGUGUCUGGCAAUUUGGCUAUCAGAAUCGAUUCAAAUUCACAGGAGAAUGCAGUAAUAAAGAAAAUCAAAUCCGUUCCUGUCAAACUGCAGGAACUCAAUUUCUGAACUUAAAUCAGAAAUUUAAUAUCACCUACAAACAGUGUCCUGGUAUGACUGGUACAUUUGACGGAGUGGUUGAAUACAGCUGUCUAGGUGACUGGUUUGUAGAGAAAAAUCAUUUCUUUGCUGUUGCCAACACCAAAGAAUCUCGUAAAGAUGAAAAAUAUCGAUGUUUCCUCAAAAAUCGAGAUGAUGAUUUGUACAUUGGUGUCUCCAUCACCCCAGAGUGCAACACACUGAAGACGGUAGAGAAAAGUCCUGAAAGGAUGCAUAUCACACCAGUUAAAGCUGAAGUUGUUGAACCUGGAUGCCGCCUGCCGCAAAAUUUUACCGGAGAAUGGAUCAACACUGCUAACAUUGACGCUGAUGUUGUUAUCAAUGAAACUCAUAUUGUUGAGACAUGGUAUCCUGAUGAUGGUCGUUACAGACGCACACUUUACGUUUGCAGAGAACAAAGGGACUCACGUUUUAUGAUGGCUCGUUUAACAGUUGAUGGAUGUCAAAAAGAUUAUGUUUGUUUCGAUUUUGUACCACAACAUCACAAUGUCAUUCGCUACCGAAAAGGACUUGCUGUCAUCAAAGAUAAUUUUCAUACUGUUUGCUCUUACGUCCAGUUUCCAAACAAAGAACAGUGGAAGUACGAUUUAUACCUAGCCAAAAAUCCUGUACCUGUCAAGUGUCCAAUUGCAGGAAAGUUUAAUUUCACACAGAAAGGUGACGUACCAUUUGAAACCAGAAUUCUAGGUGGUGUGACUCUCUCUCCUCGUCCUAACCUGUACUGCAAAGAAAAUAUUUCAGAUUUUUCUGUGUGUGACACUGACAAGAAGGAAAUUGCUAUAGAUGAAAAUUACUGCUUGUCAGUAGAUUAUAAGGGAAGACCAACAGAUAUCUACAGUGAUCCUGAUUACCGCAUGAAAUGUAUUGGUUUCUGGAAAGAAAACCUCAAAUCGUACCUCAUUACUUAUGAUGAACUUGACCCUUUCAGCAAAUACAGAUGCUGGGUGUAUCAGCGAGCUGAUUUGAACCGUAUCCUUAUGUCUCAAGCUAUCGGACCCUUCUGUGAUCUCAAACAAGAUGUCACGAGUUGGAACAAUACGGAAGGAGCUGCCGUUGCCAUCGACAUGACUGAAUAUGAAAGAGAAAGAGACCAAUGUCCCAUGUUCUUUGACGAUGGGACCAAUCCAUGGGAGAAUAAAGUGAAGGAAAGGAUUAUUUUCCGAUUUGGAUUCAGCUCAGCCUCCACAGGAACUCUCUCUCUCACAGUAGUUUCAAUAUCCAUCCUCAUGCUUUCAAGAUUCUUACUCUCGUGAAUGCAGGAACUUUAUUUUCCCGUGAAUUGCAGUUUUUAGUCAGCUUUGCCUUUUAGUAAAACUGCAAACGUUUUAUAAAGUUUACCAGCUCUGAUCUUUUUUUUUUAUGAAUCCAACUUCGUAGUGCUUGAAAGAAUACUCAGUUUUAUUUCUUUUAUUGAAGACAGUCCACUCUUUUUACCGUCAACUCUCGCCUCAAGUAUAAUAGUAAUAAUAACGCAAUGGGCCUGUUGCAAACUUUUGCUAGAGCAAAAAUAAGAGUUGUUUCUUGUAGAUAAUGCCUCAAAAAUCACGAUGAGCGCA